AUGGCUAUUCCAAUCGUCGUGCUGCUGUUGUUGCCCAUCUACUUGAUCAAGCACCCCGUGUCUUAUCCUGGGCACGAGAUGGCCACGAAUUUCAGCGUUUUCGUGGAUAUCGCCCAGCUGAGCCUCGGCACCGUGGUGCGGGUGAUGCUGUCCGGCAUUUGGGCCCUCGGCUACAACCUCCUGCUGUACAACAUUGUCAGGGACCUCUCCCCGUUCUUCGCGUCGUUUGCCGCAAACUUCAAAAGGUUGCGGCCAUCGCCCUGGCCCUGCUCAUGGGCAUGGAGUCGCUGCCUGCACCGCGUACAGUCUGUGGCCGCCGUAGCCGAAGAAGGAGCUCUCUGA